CCAAUAAAACCGGUCAGAUUCCGUACUCCAGUAAUCAAAUCUCAAACGAUACGUGGCUCACGAACCAAACUGUUUACAAGAGUCGCGGCUGGUUAUCUUGUAACGAUAUAUGUACUGAAAAAAGCUCCAGUUUACCGAGAAGGAUUUCCAGUCUAUGGAAGAUACGUAUCCAUUCCUAAGGAAAGAGCUGUGAGGCUGUCGUCCGAAAGAGUGAGUUUACUGGACUCAAAUGGGAACUUAUGUCUCACUCUGAGAAACUCCUCAAUACAUCGGACCCUGAAAGACGGAAUAGAAAAGAAUCUGUUUGAACUGAACUCGACUGUGAUGUACAAGACAAACCCGGAGAAAGUUAUCAGAAAGUAUGGCGUUGAUAACACAGUUUCACUGGAAGACAUCAAAGACAAGAACUUCACAGUUACGACUCGUGCUCGUUACAAUGUCACCGUUGUUGAAAAUACUAACUGUACCCAAGUGGAAAAGCAAAUCAAUGGAACAAUGAUUGAUUUGUAUGAG